AUACAAACACGAUAUAGGCGAAAAAUUACGAGAAAGUUGGAGGGUAAACUGGAAUAAAGAGGCGUAAAAAAAUAGUGAAAUUAAGGUGAGGAAGAUCGGCGGCACAGCACAUUGGCCGAAAAGCUGACGAGUACACCGGACCUAUCCACGGCCAAGUAGGUCAGGCGGCGUGCGCGAGAGUGCGAGACCGAAUAAAAGACAAGAAAAAAGUGAUUGGGGGGAGGGGAAGGAUAAGAGGAGGAAAGGAAAGAAUGGUGAGACGGGGGCAUUAAUGUUUCCACGAUGCCCGACGUUUUUACUCGGCAUAGGCUUGCAAUCCAAAAUGGCGGCGAUCGGCUGGUACCGUGGCACGUUUUGCAACGAUAAAGAGUGGUCAAGCCACGAGCAUUCUUGAGGAGAUCCUUCAACGUGUCCUUGACCAUUAGCCUGACCUUGAUCAGGACGAGUAGCCUAAGCGACAAGCCAAAGGAAUCAGGAUGGUAGGGCACACGGAGUGGAAGGUCCUGGUGACCUUGUCGAUUCAAAUUCUAUUAUUAGGUGUCUCGGCUAUCCAAAACGAUCCAACGUCUUCUCGCUCCUCCCAGGAAGACAUGAUUCUUAGCGGGAGCGCGUACACGGGGCCGGAAAGAACAUCGAACGCGUUUCAACAUCGAGAUAAAUCGCCAAGCUUCGAAAGAACCGCCCCGGCAUUUCAACUGGAGAGCUCGAAAAGCAUAAAUAAUUACGACAAGGAGGAGGUGGGAUUCGGGGGGACGCGAAAUAGCAGGCACGAGGAGGAGGAGGAAUCCAUCGACGAGUUAACCUCCUCGAAACACGUGGAUCACAUCGAUGGGAACAACAUCGAGGUUAAGCCUGGUGAAUAUUACCAUAUAUCUCCAACGAGGAGCGAGGCCGUGUCGGGGGAAGGACGAGGGGCUCCGCAGGAAGCAAAACUCUUGUCGGAGCCCCAUCAACUGGCUGGAGUGUCGAACCAACAGGCACAGUAUUUGCAAGCGAUAGAUCAACAAAGACGGGCACGCCAAGAGAUCCCGAGGAUCUAUAGCGAGCACGCCCCACCGCCUAUUCUGCAAACCGCGUCCCCGGGUCGACAAGCAAAUCCUGACAUACAGGACAUAAUCACGGGUAUCGUCAAAUUGUUGAAUGGAAACGUGAACGUGGCUGCCAAUACGGUGAGGCCAUUGAGGCCGAUCCAAGCCACCAGGAUCAACAACAGGGGUCCACCGAGGAUAUCCGAUGUUCCACCUUUACCACCCGAUUUUGACACUCCCGGGAUGAAUCCACCCCCUCCACCGGAUCAUCCCUAUCCUUUCGAAAAACCACCGGCACCCGACAGGCCGUUGAUCAAUCAACUACCACCCGAAAGACCGAUCAGACCUUUCGUGAACGGGGUUCCAUUGCCGGAGCAAAUUGUCCCGCAAGGAAAUCGGCCAUGGACUUGGAAUCGGCCUGGUGGAAAUAGACGACCGAUCCCUCCGUACAAACCACUGCCACCGGCAACCGAUUCCAUCCUCAACAGGGAGAAGGAACAAAGCGAUAAGAACUCGAAUAAACACAAGAUCGAUUCGAAACCGGAAUCAUCGACGGAGGAAGCUACCACGAAGAAGGAAGAUACCGAUCGGAACGAAGCUACCACGCACGAUGGUAUAGAGAAUGCGACCAAAAGGUACGAGGAGAACAACGGCCAAAAGGUUAGAAAAACCGAUUCGAACACCGCGGAGAAACCGAUGAACGAGAACUCGACGAAGGGUCCCGAAUCCGAACAUCCUCCUAAAAAAGAAUACGCAUCCGUGAUGGAAUCUGAGAAGGGCAAGACGAAUUUCACGAAGCACGACGACUCUCCAAAAUCUGUAAUCCCGUUGGAAAUCGCUACGAUCAAACCUACGAAAACUUCGAAAAUCGGUAACUCGGAGGGAUCGAGCAGUUCGAGCAACGAGAAGCUUGACAAAUCGAACAUCUCGAAGACAUCGACGAAAUCUUAUUCCACGUUAAGUAUCGAGACCAGUUCGUCGAUCCAGAUAAUCGAAUCGACGACAACAACGAAAUCGACCGUAGUUCAAUCGAGUGUCGUCGGCCAAUCGACAACCACGAACGAUGAUGAUGUUACGUCGAGCACGAUUGGGCUGCAACCGAGCAAAUCGGCCGAGUUCGAGGGCACGGGUAUCGUGUCGAGCAUUCCAACCGAGAAUUUACCUUCGACUUUCACAAAGAUAUCGCCGAGCGUGGAGAAAAGUGCAGCUCGUAUCCCUGCGACCAACACGUUCUCCAAGAAUUCAGCCCCUACCGAUCGCUAUGCUUACCGACCCCGGCCUGGAAUCGUCCUUGACGAUACCUUGGAUUACACGGGGACUCAAGGGUUGGCUACUCAACGACCUUACGCGCCACCGAGGCAUCCACCUCUCGGUGAUAUUUUCGAUGUCACGGUCUCGGCUGUUCAAGGUCCGGGUGGUGGAAGUUCAGAAGGUGUCAGAGUGCCGGUGAACGGAGCGAAUUCGGAUGUGAUCCUGACUUCGGCCGUGGAGGGCCAAGGAUUCGUUAGCAUCGAUGGGAAAAGGACGUAUUUGAAUUUGUUCGAGAAUUCGGAUCGAACUUCUACGCAACCGCAGCCAACUAGAACGCAACCACCGGCCAUUGUUGGUACAGGGUUCGCGGUUGCACAGCCGGAUCCGCCAACGGCGACUCCGCGACCCAGUGGACCUAUUCGAAGGCCAACGUUUCACAGAAGGCCGACUCAACCUCCUGUCAGAAUCGACACGUGCAUCGUGGGCGACACGAGCACUUGCGACAUCAGCCAACACGAGGCUUGCGCCACCGUUCAAGGGGUGUCCGCGUGCCACUGCAAGCCAGGAUAUGCGAGAUUGCAGCAUUCGUUGCCGUGCAAAAAAAUUAUUAGCAUCGUGGUGUCGAUCAGAGUGGACAAAAUUUACGAUAAAAAGGUCGUCUGGGAUCGAGGAUUCACCGAUCGAGAUUCCGAGCCCUAUCAAACGUUGGCCUACGAAGCAAAUCGAGCUAUCGAAUCUGCUAUGUCGAUGACACCAUUUUCAGACGAGUAUAUGGGUUCUUUUAUAAAUGGAGUGUAUCAAGGGGAUGUGAGCCAAGGCCAAGGAGGCGUAUUUGUGAACGCCACCUUGAAACUCAUUUACGAGCCAAGAACAAUUAGACCAAGCUUAGCAGGGGAGUUGCAGAGACAUCUGCUCGGUGUUAUUCACAGGCGAAGUAAUAAUAUAGGGAAUAGCGCCCUUUAUGUGGAUAGCCCCCCUGGAUCUAUUUCCAACUUGCAAGAUUUGGACGAGUGUGCCUCGUCCGAACUGAACGAUUGCCAUUCUUCGGCAGUUUGCACGAAUAAUUGGGGCGGGUUCACUUGCACUUGCAAUCCUGGUUUGAAAGAUCCUCACAAAGAUGAUCUCAAUGAAUCCGGCAGGACUUGCAUUUCGUGUCCUUCGACUUAUUGCAACAAUCGAGGAUCAUGCUCUUAUCAGGGCGAUCACAUGCAAUGCACGUGCACCGGCAAUUAUUACGGUGCUCAAUGCGAAGUCGAUGGGGAAGUUAUGGGGGUGGCGAUAGGAGCGUCCGUAGCUGCUUUAAUAAUUAUAGUUUUGACGCUGGUAUGUCUGGUAAUGUGGAGUCGAAGAUGGUCGCGUGAACAAAAAACGAUUGGUUCUCCUGUAUACGGAUACAUUCAGGGUGGUAUACCUGGUACGCUCCCAGGAACUUUGGCAAGGGUCGGUUCUGUAGGUACUCUCGCUUCCGUGAAACAAGGACCACCGACCAAUUUGCCACCCUACAUGUGGGCACAUUUCGGUGACCACAUGGCAACUGCUAACGUAUACGCUACGGAACCCAUGGGUCCAACGCGGCCAAGUUCCGCUGUAUUCGGGUAUCCGCCCAUCAAUAUUCACGGAACACUGCCGCCACCGGUGCCACUGCCAAGGCUUCAAGCACCGACAAGACCACGGCAGAGACAUCAACCAGAUCCUGACAGCUCGGAUUCUGAACCGCAGGACAAGGACAGGGCUGAUCUGAUCCCCCAAAAUAGCGGUUUUCAUGUUCCUAGACCAAAGUCUAGAUCAUCCCUGGCAAAUCAAAGCGGAAUAUACAAUGACGUGGAAUACGACCAAGGUGAUGUUCACCAUUUAUCGAAAAACAAUAUUCCGAUGUCUACUUACAGGCCGUACUAUCGAACGUGAGAACCGGGAGACACCUAGUUAUAUAUUUUUGAUAAACACGUACUGCGAAAGAGGGAUACAGAUUCGUCUAGAUAAAUCUGGAUGGAUAUGAUUCUAAUCGAAACUCUAGUUUAAUAUCGUUUGUUUGUUAAAUAGAUGUACGUCGUCGAGGAAUAAGGAGAGAAGAGGAACAGAGAAAUUAAAUUAAACGCACCUAUGUACGUUCAUACCAAUGUUCGCCAAUCGUUUUAAGUUCAAUAUUACUUAACUUCUUAAGUUACUUAAUUGUUAUUCAAUAAAUAUUUAUUGCCCUAGUAUUAUCCUCGAAAUAAUCUAAUACGUUAAGAAAGAAAAAAGAAAAAAAGAAUGUAUAUUCAGGCUGUUUUCUAAAAAUUUAUGAAACAAAGGGUGCAUAUAUGAGCGAUUAGUAUUAAAAUGAAUGCCCCUUCUUAAAAACUAUUAAUUAACUUAAUACUUAAUUGUUAGUUAUUUAUAUUAUAGGAUACAAUGAUAAUUAUCGAUUAAAAGAUGAUGCGAUUAGACGCGAAAAGAAUCUGAUAUUAAAUGGAUAUUCUAGUUAUUUCCAAUCGUCAUCCUCUUACAAUCAUCAUUAUCUAAAAUGCUUAUGACAAAUUGUCGACAUUGUCGCGUGUAAUAUAAUUUGUUAAAAAAUUUUUUAAAAAUUUAAUAUCAAUAACUUAAGAACAUUACGCGAAAAAAAUAUGUAUAAAUUAUAUGAUUUCCUUACGAAACAAAAGAAGGUAAGGAUCGAAGGGCAGUACAUAUACAUAAAAUACUCGAUAACGCGUGUAACGCGUUGCGGGGUUAGUGCGAUAAUUGAAUAUGUAACUUUUAUAAUUAUUCAUUAUAUAUUUUUGCAAAUUGAAUACAAUAUACAUUUGAGAAUUCA